AGUACCGCUUCGGCCGCUGUGCCGCCUGGCUUUCGUAUUCCUUGUUCUCGGCGGGCUGUGGGGGCUCGGCGCCGCGGCCGUUAGUCAUGUCGGAUUCUGGAAGUUACGGUCAGUCUGGGGGUGAGCAGCAAAGUUAUUCUUCCUAUGGAAAUCAAGGCAAUCAAGGUUAUGGACAAGCACCACAAGGCUAUUCUGGUUAUGGGCAAACUACUGAUUCCUCAUAUGGACAGAACUAUGGCGGCUACUCCAAUUAUGGACAAAGCCAAUCAGGUUAUUCACAAUCCUACGGUGGUUAUGAGAAUCAAAAACAGAGCUCAUAUGGCCAGCAAUCUUAUAAUAACCAGGGACAGCAAAACACGGACUCAUCAGGAGGCCAAAGUGGAAGAGCGCCUUCAUAUGACCAGUCAAACUAUGGUCAACAAGAUUCGUAUGGCCAGCAGUCAGGCUAUGAUCAUCAUCAAGGUUCAUAUGAUGAGCAGUCAAAUUAUGAUCAGCAGCAUGAUUCCUAUAAUCAAAACCAGCAGUCAUACCAUUCACAAAGGGAAAAUUACAGCCACCACACACAAGAUGACCGUCGUGAUGUGAGUAGGUAUGGAGAAGAUAAUAGAGGAUAUGGCGGGUCACAGGGAGGAGGUAGAGGGCGUGGGGGAUAUGACAAGGAUGGAAGAGGUCCUAUGACAGGAUCAAGUGGUGGUGACCGCGGUGGCUUCAAAAAUUUUGGUGGUCACAGGGAUUAUGGACCCAGACCAGAUGCUGAUUCAGAAUCUGAUAAUUCAGAUAACAACACAAUCUUUGUGCAAGGACUUGGGGAGGGUGUGUCAACAGAUCAAGUGGGGGAGUUCUUUAAACAGAUAGGAAUUAUCAAGACAAAUAAGAAGACUGGAAAACCAAUGAUAAAUCUGUACACAGACAAGGACACAGGGAAGCCAAAAGGGGAGGCGACAGUGUCAUUUGAUGACCCUCCUUCAGCUAAGGCAGCCAUUGACUGGUUUGAUGGGAAAGAAUUUCAUGGCAACAUCAUUAAAGUGUCCUUUGCUACCAGAAGACCUGAAUUUAUGAGGGGAGGUGGAAGUGGAGGUGGGCGGCGAGGCCGUGGAGGAUAUAGAGGCCGUGGAGGCUUUCAGGGGAGAGGUGGAGACCCCAAAAGUGGGGACUGGGUUUGCCCUAAUCCGUCAUGUGGAAAUAUGAACUUUGCUCGAAGGAACUCCUGCAAUCAGUGCAAUGAGCCCAGACCAGAGGACUCUCGUCCCUCAGGAGGAGAUUUCCGGGGAAGAGGCUACGGUGGAGAGAGGGGCUAUAGAGGUCGUGGGGGCAGAGGUGGAGACCGAGGUGGCUAUGGUGGAGACAGAAGUGGGGGUGGCUAUGGAGGAGACAGAAGUGGGGGUGGCUAUGGAGGAGAC